AUGGGAAAGCGUGGCCAAUGGCCAACCAAGGACUACGCCGACUACGAUGGCUCUUGGUCCCAGUCUGGCUGGGAUGGUUGGCAGGAUCCCCGCCAGCCCAAAGGGAAAAGCCGCGGCAAGAACAAGGAUGCGCCCCGCAAGCCGAAGGAAGACACGGCCUUCCCGACCUACGAGGAGAUUACCCUGCCGGGCAAGAGCACGGGCAAAGGCCGCGGUACCACCUCCUCGGGCAGCAAGGAUCAACCGGCUGGACCGAACAGUAUGGCCAAAAAUGUUCAGAAGGCAGUGAACAACCUCCGGCGGUGCGAGAACAAGAUCCGCCGCCUCGACGAGGAAACUGCAGAGACCCAGGAGAAGUGGCAGGAGUUCCAGGCGCAGCUCAAGAAGAGUUUCAUUACAGAACGAGCUCGCUUCCAUACGAACAUGUCCCGCCUGAGCACCGAGAAGUCGGAACAGGUCGCGCUGCAGGAGGAGGCGGUGGAGGUGCUCCAACAUGUUCUGGAUGGCACCGUGCCAGACGCCGGCCCUACGGAAGAGCAGCCGCCCGCAGAGGCCCAAGCUGCCUGGGACGAGCUGAUGCAGGAGGCAGAGGAGGCCGACGACCUCUCCGGCAUCCUCAGCGGGGCCAUGCACGACAAGAUCUUGCAGAACGAAGGCACCCGUCGACAGCUACUACAUCUCCUGCAACGCCACCGUCGCCGAGAACAGACCUUGGCUACCUCGACUCCACCCAAGCGACCCCGGACGGCGGCUCCUCCUACCCCUGCAGACAAAGCUUCGGCGCCUCGCAAGGAAAGCCUUGUCAAGGACACGACGACGGAUGCAUGGUGGGAAGGGGCACGGAAUGCCGAGCCCUAUGUGACCUCCCCCUCGACCAGGACAACAGGGCCGGACGCGAACCUCGCAUCCGAACGGCCACCUUCAAGACCCCGGACCUCCACUCCGAGAGCCCCCGUCAAGGCGCGGACCAAGCCGAGCCCUGUCAACACUUCCCGCAGAUCCUUGGCGGAGAAGCUGGAGGACAGUCGAGCAGCCGCGGCGGACAUCGGGAUGAUCAGCCUGGAUUCCGAGGACGACCUCCUGGACAACCUGGCGAACAAGGGCGACACGGAACCACCCCGCGAGGGCGAUUUUGUUUGGCACGGCCCUCCGGGAGGCCACGACCAAGUUCUAUACAGCAGGGCAUCCGCUGGAAGGACCCCUAGCGACGCCCCACCCCAAGCCGACCAGAACAGCACAUGGCUGGUCUUCGACCUCUACGACAUCGCCCACAUCCUCGGGGACUACCUGUACUCCGACCUCCAUCGAGGCGUACACAACUAUGGCAUGGUUGCGGCCUCCACACUCGGGCGUACUUUAGCUCUUGUCCUGAUGGGUGCCCAGCUCGUCAUCCUCACCGCCCACCUUCGAUGGCAUCGCCCCUUUGCUGCCCGAUGGACCACAUCCCGGGCCACUUGGGUACGAAUGCUCUUGGUUUUCUCAGCUUUGCUGGUUCCGGCUGCAGCAGUAUCAGACCAGUUUCCUGCACGUGCUCCACUGCCAGAGUGUCGUCCUGGAAGGCUCCGGAGGCUACCACCAGCCCCGUUUUGGCAAUCAGGGACGCCCACUGCCCGGGAGCAACUGGCACAUGCCCUACAACGAGAGGCCCUCAGUCGGCCCCUCAUGAGCGGUGGUGUUCAUCCACCCAAUGUACAUCCAGAUGGGCCCACCGUGCUGCAUGUCCCACCUGAGCCCAUUGCCCCCGACUUCCACGAGCCUGAGGACUUGCAGCCAUGGACCGAUGACGAACCGGAGCACACCACGCAUAUCUCCUUUAGGCUCCUCUCGCCCUUUAUCGAGGCUGAGUCCGUUGACAUCGGAAUGAUGUUCCCCCUCCACCAGGACCGAGUCCUUGAGUUUGUGCGGGAGUCUUCGCGAUACCAGUCUCGGAACUGGCUGGACCACGCCGUCUUCACGAUCCCCCAGUUGCACGAGGACUACGGCAGCGUCCUCGUCUUUCCAAGUUGGGUGACUGCGACGACCACGAAGGCUCUGGUUAUAGAUGCCUCAGCGGCUCGAAUGGGUGUCUUUGCCUUCUACCAUGCUGGGCCUAUAUCGCGCCAAGACGUGCUGAACGAGCUCCUGGAAGACGACGAUAAUAUGGAGGACUUCGUUGUCUACGCCCUCGGCGAUACCUCACCGCUUGUCCAUGGGAGUACUAUCACCCCUCCGCAAGGCGGUGUCUUCAAGGUCCUGCAUGUGGACCAGCACAUACAGUGGGCCUCCCUGAUCGAGGAGCGCUUCGACCGGCCUGAACGAUGGCGACCCGACACCGACCACCUGGAGCACCAACCUGGCAAGCACAUCUUCUUCCAGUAUGAAGACAUGUACCACCUACAUCGGGUCAGCGGUCCUCACCAACCCACGCCUGACCUUGUUGCUGCGACAGCUUUUGCUCGCCAACUCGACGAAAUUUGGCUACGGGCACCCACACAACGACCCGAGGGGCUUUACUGGCGAGGGCACCGCGUUCAUAGCCUGAUCGCGGUCAUUGACGAACGGACUCACCCAAAGCAGGAGUACCACGUCGUGCACCUUGACCUCCGGGGCAUUGGGCUCUGGCCGCGGUGGGUAGCGGUUGAGGGUCGCCUUUUCCACCCCGGCGACUGCUUGGAGCAGAUGAACAUCGAGUAUGUCGAGGGCUUCUCCCUAGUCGUCAAGGGGGGCAAGAAGGAGGGCAACGACGGUUGGAUCAGGAUCCGCGACGGAGACCUCAUCGAGGUCUACCUUCGCCUCACCGAGGAGCUCACCCCCACUUCGCAGCCCUCCUCGGGUGAGAAUGAUUCCUCGUCUGACGGGACCGACAAUCUCCCAGACACUCCGGACGAAGACUCUCCACCACCGCCGAAUGGCCCAGGGCCCUUCGGCCCCCCUCGGCCCGAGCCAGUCAACCGCCCUCGCAGCAGGAGCCCCCGACGGGACCCAACGGAGACUACUGAGGUCUGCCUUGCCGCCUGCCUUGCUCCUCCGGUCUUCAACCUCGACCAGGAAGUCGUCCAGCUACCGCAUCUGCCCACUCUAGCUGGACAAUUGACACAGACUUGGGCACCAACCUGGCUCCAGUUUGAUCUGACCUGUCUCCCCCUCAAGGAGAUCACUAUUCAGGCCACCCGCGACCUGAUCCAUUGGGCCCUCCUGCUGGCCUCCAUCGACGAAGCAGUGGCCCCCAAUCUCCACAUUUACUCUGAUGGCUCCUACGACCCCCACCAUGGCCUGGGCGGAUACGGAGUUGCUGCUCUACUCGAGCACCAAGGACAAUGGGCAUUAUAUGGCCUCCUUGGGGAUGGUACUCAGGGCAAUGUCACCUCCCCGUGGACAACUACAUGUUCUCCGGCCCUCUUCAACGAACAAGCUGGACUGAUGGUUGUCCUACUUUGGCUGGUGCAGAGCCGCGGCUUCAUCUGCUUCAACCACAUCACUGUCCACUUUGACUGUAUGGCGGCCGGCCUUGCUGCGGAUGGCUCAGCUUCAGCUACCAAUGGACUGGCGCCCGCCCUCCGAGCGCUACAACAUUUCACAGCUGCGGCCCUGGGCCAAGAACCCCGGUUCUCACAUGUGCGUGCACACCAAGGAGAGCCCUACAACGAAUUGGUUGAUGUUGUUGCUAAAGCGGCCGCUGCUGGCAAUGACAGCAUCCCACGGCCCCCACCAGAUCUAUGUCGCCUCGUCCAGAGCAAUGACCUGUCGUGGUUGGCGGCAUCGGUUGACCCAUCGUGGACGGGCAUUUUGCCCAUCAACCUACAUGGCCUGCAAUGGCAAAUGCAGGACGACUUUGGUCCCUCACCCCUGCAGGCCACUGACCUGAUUCCCACCUCCCGGCCUGCUACGACAGGUACAUCCACAACCGAGUUCCAGACUGUCCUCUUCUCGCUGAAUGCACAAGGCCUUGGCGGCAAGGAGCGCUACUUCGAGGACCAACUGGACAAGAUGGGGGUGAACAUAGCCAUGUUUCAGGAAACAAAGUCCAAGGGAGGACUAUGCCAGUCGGCCCGGUUCCUGCGGCUAUCCACCAACUCGGACCGCCACUGGGGUGUGGCUAUCUGGCUUAGCAGGACACGGGGCAUUGGUAGCUUUGGCGAUUCCCCGUGCACCGUCGAAGAGGCUGACAUCCACCUGCUGGCCCAGACCAACCGCCUGCUAGCCCUCCAAAUCACCAAGGGCGGGCACCACUUCGUGGUCAUCGCUGGACAUUGUCCACAUGAGGCCAAGCUCUCUGAGGCCAGGCUCUUCCUCCAGGACCUGGCGACCCUCCUCAACGACCACAAACAUUCCUGCCUUGUCUUUGCAGGUCUUGACCUCAAUGGAAGGCCAAGACUGGGCUCCCUGGGAGUCACCGGCUCCCUCCAUUUUGGUGAGGACGAGCAUGUGGCUCCCAUCAACAUACCCCGAGCUUCACCAAGGCCAAUCGGCAACAUUCCGACACCCACAAGGUUCGCUCCACCGACUUGA